AUGUAUGCAUAUGAAGGAAAACUAAUUGAAGUCACCACAAGAGAAAACAGCUUUUUUAUGCAGAUAAAUUAUGCUGAGUGGUUACCCUAUAUGAAGUAUGUCAACUCUUCAAACUACUUAAUAAGACAAAGAGAGAAAGUGGAACAAUACGGUUUAGGUCUUGCAUAUGAUGAUGGUAAUAAUGACGGUGCAGAACACCCAAUUCAAACAUCACCGGUGGUUGGUCCAAUUAGCAAAAUUAAUGGUGUCUAUUAUUCUUUUAAAAGACUUCCCAUUUAUGGAAAUAAUAUUUUUUCUUAUGGUAAAGAUUAUGAUAAGAAGGAAGGAACUGCAAAAACAAUUUCUUUUGAAGGUAAAACAUUAAAUAAAUUGAUUCCCACAAACUAUUUGUAUAAUCGUAGUCCAAACUGA